AUGGCAACUUUAGAGCAACAAGCUUCUAAGCUCUUGGACUUCAACCAAAAAUUGGAUAUCAAUUUGCUCGACAAUAUCGUCGGAUGCUUGUAUUCUUCAGUAGGGGAGCAACAACGUAUAGCGCAAGACAUUCUUACUGCACACAAAGAACAUCCAGAUGCUUGGACUCGAGUUGAUACAAUACUGGAAUAUUCCCAGAAUCAAGAAACCAAAUACUAUGCCUUACAAAUUUUGGAACAAGUCAUACAAACACGAUGGAAAGUUUUACCAAGAAAUCAAUGUGAAGGUAUAAAGAAGUAUAUUGUUGGUUUGAUAAUUAAAAACUCCUCGGAUCCAAUAACAAUGGAAAAUAAUAAAGUUUAUUUAAAAAAACUCAACAUGAUACUGAUACAAGUGUUAAAAAGGGAAUGGCCACAUAACUGGGAGACCUUUAUAAGUGAUAUUGUUGGAGCGUCUAAAACAAACGAAAGCCUGUGUCAAAACAACAUGGUCAUAUUAAAAUUGCUCAGUGAAGAAGUGUUUGUGUUCAGCACUGGGCAAUUAACACAAACUAAAGCAAAACAUCUUAAAGACACUAUGUGUUCAGAGUUCAGCCAAAUUUUUCAACUUUGUCAGUUUGUUCUUGAAAAUUCACAAAAUGCACCAUUGGUUGAUGCUACCCUCCAUACUCUGUUAAGAUUCUUAAAUUGGAUCCCCCUUGGCUACAUAUUUGAAAUGAAAUUGAUAAGCACUCUAAUUUUUAAAUUUCUGAAUGUGCCUAUGUUCCGUAAUGUUACAUUGAGCUGUUUGACUGAGAUUGCUGGUGUAACUGUAAGUAAUUAUGAAGAACAAUUUGUGGCUUUACUAGUGCAAACAAUGGAGCAACUUGAAGCUAUGCUGCCACUCACCACUAACAUACGUGAAGCUUAUGCUGCUGGUAGAGAUCAGGAACAAGUUUUCAUACAAAAUUUGGCUUUAUUCUUAUGUACUUAUUUAAAAGAACAUGGGCAGCUUAUAGAAAGAAGAGGAUUAAAUAACACUCUAAUGAAUGCCCUUCGCUAUCUUGUUUUAAUAUCGGAAGUAGAAGAAGUUGAAAUAUUUAAAAUUUGCUUGGAGUUUUGGAAUGCAUUGGCUGCUGAUUUGUACAAAAUUGCUCCAUGCUCUCAUUCCGCUGGUUUGUAUGGUAUUGGAAAAAAUGUGGGUAGGAAAGCUUUAUAUUCGGAUGUACUCAGUAGUGUACGGUACAUAAUGAUUUCUCGAAUGGCAAGACCAGAGGAAGUGCUGGUCGUGGAAAAUGAAAAUGGAGAAGUAGUCAGAGAAUUUAUGAAAGAUACUGAUUCAAUCAAUUUGUACAAAAAUAUGAGGGAAACAUUAGUUUACCUCACUCAUUUAGAUUACCAGGAUACGGAACGUAUUAUGACAGAAAAACUGCAGAAUCAAGUUAAUGGAGCUGAGUGGUCAUGGAAGAAUCUGAAUACACUUUGCUGGGCUAUUGGUUCAAUUUCUGGAGCUAUGCUGGAGGAGGAUGAAAAACGGUUCUUAGUUGUUGUUAUUAAAGAAUUGUUGGGCUUAUGUGAACAGAAAAAGGGUAAAGACAACAAAGCCAUUAUUGCAAGUAACAUUAUGUAUGUUGUAGGACAAUAUCCACGUUUUUUAAGGGCCCAUUGGAAAUUUUUAAAAACUGUUGUAAAUAAACUUUUUGAAUUUAUGCACGAGACUCAUGAUGGUGUUCAAGAUAUGGCUUGUGAUACUUUCAUUAAAAUAGCAUUAAAAUGUCGUCGUCAUUUUGUUACCACUCAAGUGGGCGAAGCAUGUCCAUUUAUUGAAGAAAUAUUAAGUACAAUCAAUUCCAUUAUUUGUGAUUUGUUGCCACUACAAGUACAGACAGUUUAUGAAGCUGUUGGAUAUAUGAUAAGUGCUCAGGUAGACCAAGUAGCCCAGGAGCAACUUAUUGAGAGAUACAUGGUACUUCCCAAUCAGGUUUGGGAUGAUAUUAUAUCUCAAGCAUCACAUAAUGUUGAUAUUCUCAAAGAUGCUGAAGCUGUUAAACAGCUUGUUAGUAUUCUUAAAAUAAAUGUUCGUGCUUGUCGUGCUUUGGGGCACCCUUAUGUUGUACAACUUGGAAGAAUCUAUUUAGACAUGCUUAAUGUGUAUAAAGUUAUGUCUGAAAAUAUCAGUCAAGCCAUUACCUUAAAUGGAGUUGCUGUAACCAAACAACCACUAAUCAAGAAUAUGAGAAUAAUUAAAAAAGAAACUUUAAAAUUAAUUGCAAGUUGGGUCUCACGAUCUACAGAUAAUAGCAUGGUGUUGGAAAAUUUUAUUCCUCCUCUCCUCGAUGCUGUACUUCUAGACUAUCAAAGAACAGCAGUGCCAGAGGCAAGAGAACCUGAGGUACUAUCAUGUAUGGCUGCUAUUGUGUACAAACUUGGAGGUCAUAUUACAUCUGAAGUACCAAAAAUUUUUGAUGCAGUCUUUGAAUGUACUCUUGAGAUGAUCAACAAGGACUUUGAAGAGUACCCAGAGCAUAGGACAGAGUUCUUCUUGUUACUGCAAGCAGUUAAUACUCAUUGUUUCAAAGCAUUCCUGAGUAUACCUCCAGCACAAUUUAAAUUGGUUCUGGAUUCCAUAAUAUGGGCAUUUAAACAUACAAUGAGGAAUGUUGCUGAUACGGGCCUUCAGAUAUUGUUUAAAUUACUUCAAAAUGUUGAACAAAAUUCACAGGCGGCACAAAGUUUCUACCAGACUUACUUAUGUGAUAUAUUAGAGCAUGUGUUUAGUGUUGUUACAGACACAUCACAUGGUGCUGGGCUUACAAUGCAUGCCACUAUUUUGGCAUAUAUAUUCUCAUUAGUGGAAGCUGGUAGAGUUACAGUUCCACUAGGCCCUACUCCUGACAAUGUUUUGUACAUACAGGAAUAUGUGGCAAAUCUAUUGAAAACUGCAUUCCCUCAUUUGUCUGACAAUCAAGUGAAAAUAACUGUACAAGGAUUGUUUAAUUUGGACCAAGAUAUUCCAGCUUUCAAAGAUCACUUAAGAGAUUUCUUAGUUCAGAUAAGAGAAUACACUGGUGAAGAUGACAGUGACUUGUAUUUGGAGGAGCGUCUAUUCGCUCUUCGUCAAGCGCAAGAAGAAAAGCGAAGGGUACAACUAUCUGUACCAGGAAUCCUGAAUCCUCAUGAACUUCCUGAGGAAAUGCAAGAUUAA